AUGCCGCGCUCCUUCUUGGUGAAGAGCAAGAAGGCUCACACCUACCACCAGCCCCGGGUCCUGGAGGAGGAGCUGGCCUGGCCUCCUGUCCUGAUCCCCGUGACAAGGGACCAGGUCCUGAGCAAUGGCCCUGUCCUCAGCACCUUGCUCCCAAACCAGUGCCUGGAUUGCACCAGCCUCAAACGGGAGCCCGAGCCAGAAUUGGACCCAAGCUUGACCAGCAUGGCCUCAGUACAAGAAGGUCCUGCUGUGAUGUCCCGAGUCCGGGACGGUGACUCGCCUCCCUCGGACUCACCCCCGUUCUACAAGCCCAGCUUCUCCUGGGAUGCUCUGGCUUCCUCCUACGGCCACGGCUACCAGCAGGCCCCCUCCACCAUGCAGUCCGCCUUCCUGGAGCGCGCCGUCAGCCUGUACGGCAGCCCGCUGGUGCCCAGUGCCGAGCCCCCUCUGGACUACAGCCUCCGCUACUCCCCGGGCAUGGACACGUACCACUGUCUCAAGUGCAACAAGGUCUUCUCCACCCCCCAUGGGCUCGAGGUGCACGUCCGCCGCUCCCACAGUGGGACCCGGCCCUUUGCCUGUGACGUCUGCGGCAAAACCUUUGGCCACGCCGUGAGCCUGGAGCAGCACACGCACGUCCACUCCCAGGGGAUGCUGACAGGGUCUGGUCCUGUGCUCAGCUUGGCGCUCCCGGGCGUCGAGGCCCCGCCUGCGCCUGACCUGGCAGGGCCUCGUUUCCCCCGGCAGGAGCGCAGCUUCGAGUGCAGGAUGUGUGGCAAGGCCUUCAAACGCUCGUCCACCCUGUCCACCCACCUGCUCAUCCACUCGGACACGCGGCCUUACCCCUGCCAGUUCUGCGGCAAGCGCUUCCACCAGAAGUCGGAUAUGAAGAAGCAUACUUACAUCCACACCGGUGAGAAGCCGCACAAGUGCCAGGUGUGUGGAAAGGCCUUCAGCCAGAGCUCCAACCUCAUCACCCACAGCCGGAAGCACACGGGCUUCAAGCCUUUCACCUGUGAGCUGUGCACCAAGGGCUUCCAGCGCAAGGUGGACCUGCGGCGGCACCGCGAGAGUCAGCACAACCUCAAGUGA